CUUGUGUAUAUCUUUUACCGUCAAGGUGGGCGGAAAACGGAAAGGUGGCGAAAUUAACUAUUCAAGGAAGGGAGAAAAAACAUUUCCUUUGGAUGGAUCUGAAAUAUUCGUGGACUGUGAUAUGAUUUUGAUGCCAUAGUGGUCAGGAAGGGGUGAAAAUGUCGGCGUUGGAGCUCUACACGAAGGGGGCACGGAUCUGGAUCCCAGAUGCGGAUCUGGUAUGGCGCGCGGCAGAGUUACAGGAGGAUUACACCGGCAAACCCAACGCCAAGCUACAGAUCCUCUACGAGGACGGACCGGAAUCCACCAUCAGCAUCCCCGACAAGAGCAAACUACCACAUUUGAGGAACCCGGAGAUUCUUAUUGGUGAAAAUGACUUGACGUCUCUCAGUUACCUCAACGAACCAGAAGUUUUAUAUAACUUGAAGGUUCGGUUCGAGGAGCGUAACAUUAUCUACACAUAUUGUGGUAUUGUCUUGGUGGCAGUCAACCCCUAUGAGCAGCUGCCCAUCUACGGUAAUGACAUCAUCCAGGCAUACAGCGGUCAAGAUAUGGGGGCCAUGGACCCGCAUGUCUUCGCCGUGGCCGAGGAGGCGUUUAAACAGAUGAGCAGGUUUGAGCGGAAUCAGUCUAUCAUCGUGAGUGGCGAAUCCGGGGCGGGGAAGACAGUCUCAGCCAAAUAUGCCAUGAGAUACUUUGCUACAGUGGGCGGAUCGCAGGCGGAGACUCAAGUAGAGCAGAAGGUCCUCGCCUCCAAUCCGAUCAUGGAGGCUAUAGGGAAUGCAAAGACGAUACGGAAUGACAAUAGCAGUCGUUUUGGGAAAUACAUCGAGAUUGACUUUAGCAAACGUCUCAACAUCAUAGCUGCUAAUAUGAGGACAUACCUGCUGGAGAAAUCAAGGGUCGUGUUCCAGGCUCCCGAUGAGAGGAACUACCAUAUCUUCUACCAGUUAUGUUCAUCAGCUGACUUACCAGAGCUGAAGGCCUUUAAACUACGUCACCAAGACGAGUUUUACUACACAUGUCAAGGUCAGAGUCCGACCAUCCGUGAUGUGGAUGAUGCUGAAGACCUGGUUAAUACCCGGGCUGCGUUUUCACUUCUAGGUGUUGAAGACAAACAGCAGAUGACAAUCUUUAGGAUCCUGGCAGCCAUCUUACAUUUUGGGAAUGUCCAAAUUACAGAGAAAGAAGGCGAGGCCUGUGAAAUAGCUGCCAAUCACAGCCCUCUGUUGACGUCAUGUGACCUGCUGGGGGUGGAGGAGUCUCAGCUGAGGAUGUGGCUGUGUAACAGGAAGAUCAAGACAGUCGGAGAGACCCUCAUCAAACCCCUGUCCCUCAGCCAAGCGUUACUGGCCCGGGAUGCUCUCUCCAAAAGAAUUUAUGCCAAAGUGUUUGAUUGGAUCGUGACCCAGAUCAACAAGGCCCUGUGGAGCCAACAAAAACCUCACAAGUUCAUUGGAGUCCUUGAUAUUUACGGGUUUGAAACAUUUGAAUUGAAUAGUUUUGAACAGUUUUGCAUAAAUUAUGCAAAUGAAAAACUCCAGCAACAGUUUAACAUGCACGUUUUCAAAUUAGAACAAGAAGAGUACGUCAGAGAGCAGAUUGAGUGGUCAUUUAUCGAUUUCUAUGACAACCAACCUUGUAUAGAUCUGAUAGAACAGAAGCUGGGGAUUUUGGAUUUGCUGGAUGAGGAAUGUAAGAUGCCGAAAGGAUCCGAUAAGAACUGGUGUCAGAAGCUGUAUGACAAACACCUGAAGAAAUCUGAGCAUUUUGAGAAACCCAGAAUGUCCAACAUGGGCUUCAUCAUCAACCACUUCGCGGACAAGGUCCUGUACGACGCUGACGGAUUCCUGGAGAAGAAUCGAGACACUGUCUUAGAAGAUCAUAUUAAUAUUCUCAAGGCUUCGGAGGUGGAGCUGGUCUCUGAGCUGUUCAUGGAAACUGAAGACCAGCCAGAUAAGAGAGGACGAGGCCAUUCCUUCACCAUCAAGCCCAUGAGGGAGACCCCUCGUGGGGCUGUCAAGGAGCACAGGCGAUCCGUGGGGUCACAGUUCCGGGACUCCUUGCAUUUACUUAUGGAAACCCUGAAUGCGACAACGCCUCACUACAUCCGCUGUAUCAAACCUAACGAUCUCAAGGAGGCCUUCACGUUUGAGCCAAAGCGAGCAGUAGAACAGUUGAGAGCCUGUGGUGUCCUGGAAACCAUUCGCAUCAGUGCAGCUGGUUACCCAUCUAGAUGGAGCUAUGCCGAGUUCUUCCAGCGAUAUCGUGUCCUGGCUAAGUCAGGUGACAUCAAGAGAGAUAACCCAAGGAAAACUUGUGAGAACAUCCUGCAGAAACUGAUACAGGAUCCUGACAAGUAUCGAUUUGGAAAGACAAAGAUAUUUUUCCGCGCGGGCCAGGUGGCUUUCCUAGAGAAACUUCGCUCAGACAAGCUGCGUGCCGCAGGAGUGAUGAUACAGAAACAUGUGAGGGGUUGGCUACAGAAGAACCGCUACCAGAAAAUACAGCGCACUGUACGGCUUAUACAGUGUUAUGGCCGCGGACUGCUGGCCAGGAGACAUGCUCUGUUCUUGCGACAAACCAAAGCUGCCACAAGAAUCCAGAAGACGUGGCGAGGAUUCAAACUACGCAGAAAGUUCCUGUCCAAUCAACAGGCUGCCAUCAAAAUACAGCCCGGCGCCUGUUUGCCCCGUCGGCGUUUCCGCAGUGCGCGUGACAAUGCCAAAGCGGUGGUCAUCCAGAAGUGUGUGCGUGCCUGGCGUCUGAGGAAGCAAUACAAGCGCGUGGUGCACGGGAUCGUCCUGCUGCAGAGUCAUUUCCGCAGGCGCUGCGCCAAGAAGGAACUCAAGCAGCUUAAGAUUGAGGCUAAGUCUGUGGAGCACAUCAAAGUGGUUAACAAAGGCCUGGAGAAUAAGAUCAUUGAGUUACAACAACGACUGGAUAGCAAAGCCAAAGCUGAGAAUGAGGUUAAGGAGAAAGUGGACCAGGUGAACCAGCUGAAGAACGAGAUGGAGAAGAUGAGGGCCGAGAAGACUAAAGUCUCCACCAAUCAGAUCGCAGAGCUUGAGGCUGAAAUCGAGAGGCUUCGAGAAGAGCUGGCAAAGGAGAAGAGCGAGAAACAAGAUCUGAUGACAGAGAAAGAUCAACUCAUACAACAACACUCUAAGGUGAUCACUACCCUCCAAGACGAAAAGCUACAGCUGAAGGAGGAAGUGGAGCUGGCCAAUCAGAAGAUCCAGGAGCAGGAGCAAAAUACCGCAGAGAUCAUCAAGCAGAAGCUGAAAGAUGCGAACAAGCUGAUCGUGAAGGAGUUUGAAUCUGAGCGUGCUCACCACCAGAAGCUUGUUAAGGAACAUGCACGACUCCAGCAGCGUCUGGAGAACCUGCAGGGGGAGAUGAAGGUACUGACCUCGCCCCAGGGGCCUGGCCACUCACGCACCCCGUCUAACAUCAGCAUGGAAUCCUACACUAGCUCCGUCCUCGACACGGCUGACAAGUCACCGUCAGAGGAGGAGGAGACUGACAGAGCGGACCAGGGUUACUUCACAUCAAAGAAAGCUAAACGACCCGACAGCCUGAUUGACAAAGUGGUUAACGAGGUGACAGGUGCAAAACCAGAGGAAGGAGCAGAUGUCUCACUGAUUCUGAAGCUACAGGAGCGUGUGCGAUCUCUGGAGAAAGAGAAGGCGAAACUGUACGACGAGUUAGACAAGAGGGAGGAUGCUAGUCCAUCAGGCAAGAAACCACAGUUACAGGAGUCUGCGCUCAAUGCUCUCACGAUGCAAGAGUUACAGAAUGAGAAUGACAAGUUGAAGAGAGAGGUGAAGUCACUGAUGGCGUCCAUUGCUGGCAGUACAGACUUUGACACCAGUACAGAAGUGUCUCCAGCCGGCAAAGAGUUCAUGGGAAGGGGCCCUGCUAAGAAACAAAAAGUAGCCUGGAAUGAUCAAUUUGAGGCGAUGACUGACGAGUUGGAACGCCGACGAGAGGAAUGUCUACAGCUGCGUGCCAUGCUGGCUGACAGAAGCAUUGGCACACACGUCAUUGCUAAGGAGUUUUACGGCGGGAAGGACGAGCUAGUCAAUGAAGACAAUGAGAUUGAGAUGGCAUACAAGACUCAACGAGAUCUCAACAGGUUGCUACAGAAUGAGCUGGACAAGCGGGAAAAGGAGAGUCGGGCCAAAGAAACUCGCCUCCAGGAAGAGAUCCAUCAGUUGAAGAAGGACAAUGAGCGCCAGCAGAAACUUAUUGGCCAGACCAAUAACAGGCGAGAUAGAGCAUCCAAGAGUAAGAGGACACUGGAUUUACCUCCCAAUGCUUCAAUUGAAGCACGAUUGCAGCAUGAGAUCACCAGACUAAUGGAGGAGAACCUGGACCUGCGUGAGACAAUCAGCAAGCAGGUGGAGAAAAUCAGAAAGCUGAAGAAGAUGCUGAAGGUCUAUGCUCGCAGACUCAAUGACGGAGAUGGAGUAAACUGGCGAACUUUGACCUCUGCUGUGUCCCUCACUCCCUCCACCGCUGCUGAGAUUGAGGCUGAGCUGGAGAAGGAUGAGCAGCAGGGUGGUAUGGGUGUGGUGCCCUCUGUCAAACAUCGCGACCGCGAGUACAUGGGCAUGCUGGAGUACCAGAAAGACGACGAACCUGCACUCAUCAAGCACCUUAUUACAGAUUUAAAACCACGCCUGGCAUCCACCUUAUUGCCGGGCUUGCCAGCUUACAUCCUGUUUAUGUGUGUGAGGCACACGGAUUACGCUCAUGAUGAUGUCAAGGUCCGGUCACUUCUCACCAACACCAUUGUCAGCAUCAAGAAGGUUGUCAAGAAGCACACUGAUGAUGUGGACCGCGUGACCUUGUGGCUGGCAAACGUGUGCAGAUUCCUACAUAACCUCAAACAGUACAGUGGCGAAGAGGUUUUCCAGACUGAGAACACGAGUCGUCAGAAUGAGCAGUGUUUAAGGAACUUUGACCUGUCUGAGUAUCGACAGGUGUUCAGUGACCUGGCAGUCUGGAUCUAUCAACUACUCAUCAAGACCAUGGAGGAACGUGUACAACCCAUGAUUGUCCCGGCUGUGUUAGAACAUGAAGCUAUCGCGGGACUGACAGCCAGCAAGCCCUCAGGGAUGAGGGGUCGUUCCUCCAGCAACGCCCGUGACCAUGACAAAGAUUAUCUCCUGGAUGACCUCAUGAAACAUCUGAACCUAUACUACAAGACUUUACAGAGUCACGCUGUGGACCCAGAGCUCAUCAAGCAAGUUUUCAAACAGUUGUUCUACUUUGUGUCAGCCGGGGCCCUGAACAACCUGUUGUUGAGGAAGGACAUGUGUAACUGGUCUAAAGGCAUGCAGAUUAGGUAUAAUUUGAGUCACCUGGAGCAGUGGUUGAGAGACCAUAAGUUGCAGGAGACAGGAGCCCAGGCUACCCUGGAGCCUAUCACACAGGCAUCUCAACUGCUACAGGCCAGGAAGACAGAUGCUGAUGUUGAUAGUAUCUGUGAGAUGUGCUCAAACCUCACUGUGGCUCAGAUUGUGAAGAUCCUGAACCUGUACACACCUGUGGAUGAGUUUGAGGAACGCGUCCCGAUCUCAUUCAUCCGUAAGAUACAGGAGAAAUUAAAGAGUCGUCCUAACCCUGAUGGGAACAACACCCUACUGAUGGACGCUAAGCAUUCGUUCCCGGUCACAUUCCCCUACAACCCCUCAGCCAUCGCCCUGGAAACCAUUGAGCUGCCGGACAGUCUCCACCUGAGCUUCCUGAACAGACUCUGAUCGAUUAAGGGGAGAUAACCCAAGCCUCCUCAACGUGUUGGUUUGUUGUAUUAAAGUGGUCAUAGUGUCAUUAGUGGAGGUAACUAUGUUCUUCCAGGCUGAGAGGCUCAUGCAUUUAUCUCUGCAUGCUUGUAGCUAGCCAAAGCCUUCCUAGUGGCUGUGCACACUUUAGAUGGAGACAGUUUUUAGGCAAGAUUUGCGUUAAAUUGCACAAUUUAACGCUGUAAUGGGAGGAUAGAAAGGCAGAGAUCUUUAGUGCAGAUGGUGAUUUUGAAAACCACACAUUUUUUUUUUAGUGUUUAGUCAAUAGCAUUCUUCUUAUUUUUGUCAGAAAUCACCUUUUCAAGGAAGUGUUAGGUUUCAAACUCAAAGAGUAUGAGCAGUAUAUGUUGACUAAGAGAAUGAAAACUGAAGUAAGAUUAGUGUUCAGCAUCACAGGCUUUUGCAAGAUGGACUGUAACUUGUCUCACUUGGGCAGCGUGUCCUUGUGCGUGUAAACCUUAGUGAAUUUACAAUGGGGACAGGAAAAAGAAUUGAUGUUUAGUAGGUUGUCUCCCUUGGCCAGGACAUAUGGUUGGCCUGUAGAUGAGGUAUGUGUAGUGCAUUUGACUUAAAAGGGAACAUGUAGAGGCAGGUAUAAAUUAUAAAACAUUUUUUUUUUCUUUAUUAAGAUACAUGUUCACAUAUGAUCUUCCAAACAAACCGCAAAACACUUUUUCUUAGAUCAAUAGAACUCACAGGAUCAGACAAAAUAAGAAACUUCAUUAAUCAUGAAAUCUUAAGUUGAAUAAUUUCCAUAACUAAUUAGUACUGUAUUAUAUGGUAUUAAAAAUUAAGGACAUCAAGCACUGGUAUCAACACAUGAUGUCUAGGAAUCAGUAUUGUGACAUCCAAUCAGUGUAGUGGAUUGAUUUGAUUUAUUCCGUCGCACAUUUGAAAUACGACGUUAAUCUGCCCAUUGCCGGUGUGUGUAGAUGCUGGUCAUCAUUUGUAUGUAGCCAUAGGAGAUCAACAUAAUGGUGUAAACGUUAAUAAAUUUUAUUAUUUUAGAGAAAUAAUAUAGUAAGGCUAUAAUUCAGGUCUGCACAACAUUUUACGUAUGACUAUACUUGUAUUUGGAGAGAGACUUGUAAUCAAGUUGAAUAAUAAUAAAGUUGAAUAAUAAUAAUAAUUAAUAUGAAUUUGGACUGAACAAGCUGAAGAUUUGUCCCACAGCCUUCAUUUCAUGGGAAUGACUGGCGUCCGUUACAACAUAUUUAUAUUAAGGAAUAAAUCUGUGAGUAAGAGUUGAAAGCCAAUUAAAAUGUAUUGAACAGAAAACGUUGGUCACAUCUUGUCAGGACAGUUUUGUGUCUGAAGACAGUUUUGUUAAGAGAGCAGUCGUUGGAAGCAGGGUGGUACAUGCAUUGGAUCCGUGGCUGAGAGGGCAUAACUGGAGAAGGGGAGGUAAUCCAUGUAUUUUAUAGCGGAAUACUUCAGAGAGAAAAAUGGAAGAAAUAUUGUGAAUUCUUUUUGUUUUCUUCGAAAGUUUUUUUUAUAAAAAAAAAGUUAUCUGUCUCUGUGCAGUCAUAUGUGAGAGCAUGUGGGUUUCCCCGGGGCUACCCUCGAUUUGCUCUCACCAUAAUGCUGGCCGUGGUCAUAUAAGUGAAAUUAUACGAAAUUUAUCUAAAUUGCAAUGUAUAAACAAAGGUACUUUUAGUAUUCACAGCAUUUACCAAAACCCAAAUCUGCAGCACACAAAGGUGAAGUUCUGUGUGAAUUUUCAUAUAUUAUUUUAUAGACAGAGAGGCAAAGUUUUAGAAAAUAUUAUGAAAUGAUAAUAUAUAAUUUGGAAAUAAGCUGACAUCUGAACAGCUCCAUCACGUUGAGGUGCAAGUGUAUGUGUAUAUAGUAGUCCUGGGAUGAUGUUUUAUUUAUUCUAAUUUGUGCUGUUGUACAUGAAGUAUCUGUGUAUUGUCUGAGUAGGUCGCAUUGCUCUGCACCCCUAUAACUCCACAGUCACAAAAAAGCUAUGUGUACUUGUAACUUUAAAUGUCUACCUAAUGUUGGUUAGCGUAAAAGUAAGAGGAGAAGGUGUUCACAUUUUCAACUCCAUGAACAGGCUGACCGUGUAACAAGUUGCACACCUGACUGCAGAACUGCUUGUAAUGUGCAGACGUUUAUGAACUUUUGCAUCUUGUAACAAAGCCGGUUGCAAUACUGUUUUCCUUAAAAGCUUGAUUACAUACAAAUGUUAUGUGAGAAUGUAAAUCUUAAAAGAUCGUAAUUUCUGUGUUGUUUGUUUCGCAGUUUGAAGGUUCAAACCUGCCUUUGAACAGAUUUUGUCUUAUCCAGAAAGUCCUCUCCUUGCCAGUGUUAUCUGACCGGGUUGACCUUCUCAUUGAAUUCAUGCAAUGUUUUUUUAAACUGCAAAGAUGAACCCAGAAUAUAUUAAAGCACAAAACUAGUCAGAAGUUAAAGAGGCUUGUACACUUUCUGCUUGAUGUGUCCAUUACUCUUUAACUGGACGGUGAUUUGUGACAAUUUAAAGUCUUUGUUAAAAUGUUGUAUAAAAGCACUGUUUGUAGAGACUUAAAGUAUUUUUUGCGUGUAUAGUUGCUGUCUGUAGAUUUUUUUAUGCUUUGCAGAAAGUAUGUUGAGAUUUUUGCAAUUUAUGUAAAUACUGAUGCAGUAGGCAUUUUGAUUGGUUGAAAGAGAUGUAUCAUAGAUUUUGAUUGGGUCAGAGCCUAUCCAAGUGAUUAUUACUGCAUUCCUCUUAGAUAAAAAGUCAGCUUGUAACCGAUAAAUGUUUAUCACUUAUCAGAGUUCUUUACUAUUUACGAACUAAAAUGGUAUAUCGUGAUGAAAAGCUGUGGAACAGUCAUUAGUUAGCAAGUUUCCAAAAAGGGGAGAUAAUUCUCUUAUCCUGCAACCACUGGAGAGCAUUAUGGGCUACAAGCUGACAGGAAACAUUUCAAACACCACUGAAACUUAAUCAUUUUGAUGGUGAUGGAAGGGUAGAUAACCCUCGUCGGCGAGGAUGGAGUGACACAACAAAGAAUCUUGAAUUUGGUCUGGUCAUUAUUUGGUCUUCUUAAAUUCUGUCACUGAUUCUUUAUAAUAAUAGUUAUUACCCCAAGAUUUAAUUUAUCUAUUUAUAUAAACUUGCAUUAUUGUGAGAAGAAUUUCAAGAAAGGCUGCAAUGAGAUUAGUCAUGAUUUAUUAAUAUAUAAAUUAAGUGGUUGUCUGAAACAGCUGAGGUCUGAGGACAAGUGAAGUUUUCAAAUGGUAAAGAGUUUAAGGGAUAUUUUCAAGUUAUAUUCGAAAUGAUUCUGAAGAAUCCUGAAAUAACAUCUCAGUUUAUGAAUGAUAGGGAAAAUGAAAUAAGAAUAUUACUGCAAAGCUUUAGAACUGGUGAUUGCUUUUAUAAGCAAAAUCUUGUGCAUGCACUUGCUAAACAUACAUUACUUACUUAUGUAUACUCUUUUGUCAUAUGUGGGUGUUCAUCAUUUGUGUUAUCUUUAUAUUACUUAACCUGUGUUCAUAUUUAAUGAGGGUAAACCAAAAAUACUGUUAAGUUUUUUCAUUACUAUACUUGACGCCAUGCAGUGCCCUCUGGUGAAAACAGCCGAAAUUGAAUACAGGGACACAACUUUCCCCCCCCCCCCCCUGUACAAAGGGUAUGCAAUAAGACAAAAACAUUAGCCACACUGUUUCUUUCCCCCAGUGCAUGGCGUUGUUUUGUUACUUCACAUUCCAUGUGAGAUCUCAAGAACUGAUAAAAUUUAGUGCUGUUUUAUUCGUGAUGAUGAACUUGAUUCAAGACGCUACCAUGGAGAUUUGGGAUUAGAAUUCAACAUUAUGAUGGAUUUGCUUAUCUGUCCAAGGCAGGUGCAUGUUGGAUUCAACUUGGAUGUAAAUUUUUGGGGUCAUGAUAAAUGGCGUAUUUUCCCCUAUACUUGUGUAUUAAAAUGGAAAUAAUAACAUAAUCGAAGUAUUUUACUUUAAUACUGUUAAAACAAUGCACCAGGAAGAAUAAUAACACCUCAACUGUGUGCUCUUGAAUUUUUUUCCCAUUUCUCCCGUAGCCGGAUAUGUAUAACUGUUCCAAGGUUAAUUGUAUAUAAAGUUUUCUGUAAAGUGAAAGAGGGGUUUCCUAUUUAAUGUUGAGAAAAGUUUCCCCAGUGGACUCAUUUUGCGGGAACAACUCUACUGUUUGUAUAUACAGUAUGCACAGGUUUACUGUGAUUGGCUAUUUUGGACGAACACUGUUACAGGCUUGCUGUGAUGGGCUAUUUUGGAGGAACACUGUUACAGGCUUGCUGUGAUUGGCUAUUUUGAAGGAACACUGUCACAAGCUUGCUGUGAUUGGCUAUUUCGGAGGAACACUGUUACAGGCUUGCUGUGAUUGGCUAUUUUGGAGGAACACUGUUACAGGCUUGCUGUAGGCGCUCAUUUUAUAAAGUUUGUGCGGCUGUGUUUCGUGAAAACAGAAGUGCGUUUUGAGGGUUAUAUAUGUAUAUAUAUAAACAGUUUAUGGCGGUGUAGAAGGUUGCACAUUUUAUAGUGAUACAGGUUUGCAGAUUAUUAAUAAAGUAUGUGACCUUUAUAAAUUAUGCAGAUGACACUGGUCGGUGGGUUUAAACAAUAUAGCGGCAGCUUGACCAUGAACUCUUAAACUUAACUACCGAGAUAAAAUACUCAUGAAACAACAUUUACGUUGGACUUGUAUAAAUUUAAAUUUCAUUUAAAUGUUGAAAUUAUUCUGAAUGUGUGAAAAAUGUAAGGGAGUUAAAACUUGUGCUGUUAAACCUAAUGAAUUCUUUGGAUAAGGACAAUUUGAUAUUCAAGUUGAGGUGUUUUGGGGGUAAUACAGUGCAAUGGCCAGUGUUGAUAAUUUCUCAAAUUCACAAAAGUUGUGAUUAGAUAUCCCUGACUCUGAUAAUGAUCUGAUGACAAUGUUGAAAUUCCCAUUAAAUAAACAUUGCUGGUAACGAAUGUUAGCUGUAAGCCCAAUCGGCGUUUCAGGGGUCUCGCGAGUUCACGCAGAUAUAGUCGAGACAGGUGGGGGCUCUCGCAAGCUACCACAGCUAAAAGACUUAGGUUUACAUUAGAUGCCAACGGCACCGUCGAAUCGACAGAUCAGAGAGAUGUGCAUGCAAUCCCGCAACUACCGUAAAAUAACGUCUUUUAUCUACGUUAGUUUGUGAGAGCCCCCACCUGUCUCGUCGAUAUCUGCGUGAACUCUCGAGACUCCUGAAACGUCGAUUGGGCUCAUUGGAAUGGCAGGUUUGGAGGAAAAGCUGUAGCUACAUGUACAAUAAGCACCAAAAGAGCUCUCCCAGAAUUUAAAGAUAGCUUAAAGGGAUACAGAACCUUUGCUGAUUCGCUGAGGUGAAAGGUAGUUUCAGACUAUGCCUAGGCUAAGCUGAAAUAUAGGUACUGUACAUUUGUUCAAAGGUGAACAAGGCUGUAGGACUUCACCCAGGAAAUCCUAUCUCAACUGACAGCCAGUCAGCGUGUAGCCUGUAUCCCUUGUAUCCCUCACGCAUGUCCAGUCCCCGUAUAGACGCUCUAACAAGAAGCUUGUUAAAAUUAACUGUUAAUCAUUGUAACCAAAGCUGUGAUUCCGCUGCACCUGUAAUGAAGAGGAUGUGGCGGACAUUUUGUUCCGUUCCAUAUAGAUUUGACUUAUGCAAUGCUUUUGUUGAAUUUUUUUUUUUUUAUUAGAAACAUCAGUGAGAUUUCUUUCUCGAGACACAAGUCUCAUUUUUAAUCAGUAGCGUUAUUUGUGAUAUAAGAGGGAUUUGUUCAUGUCUGUCUCUUCUGCUGAUAUAUAGAAGACCGAUUCGAAAAGCUAUUCUUGACUCGGAUGUAUGUCAAAAUUUGAAAUGGGAUCUUUUGGCCAUAAAAAUUUUGACGUUCUCAGUAAGAUAAAUAUGUCAGAUGUCAAAUUAUUUAGUACCAAAAGCUAAGCAUGGUGACGAGGUUUUAAAGUAUGAAUAGAGUCAGAAAUGGCUUAUUGGAACCCAACCUCCUUCCCCACCCCUCAGGCACAGGGCCACUUUGGGUUUUAGCGAAACUAUGUGUCCAGGCCAGUCAUAUGUAAGUGGACAUGGACAACUCUAAUGACUUGUUUUGAGUUUCUUUGGCUCUGAGUGAAACACGCCGUGCAAACAGCUUUGGUCAAGUCUUGUUACUGUUUAAAGGAAUCUACA